UUUUUUUUUUUUGAUUUAAUCAUAAACAACGUUACAACCGUGGAUACCGCCUGAUUUUUAUAAAUCUUGUUAUUACAAAACAAAAAGAUUGUAAAUCAACACCAAAAUCUAGGUCAAUUACGAUGGCAUUUAUUUGAAAGUGAAAAAAUCAAUUCCUUCAUAAUCAAAUUAUAACAAAUAUAUAAUAUAUAAUUGAUUUGGAAUCGAACGAAUAUUGGGUGUUUACCAGAAUUUUUUUUUUGUUUUUUUUGUUUUACAAAGAAUUUCAUUGCCAAAUACAUAACCUAAUCUAAAACUGUGGCUAAUUAUACAACAAUUACUAUUACUAUCUAUAUAUAUGAUAAUAAUAUCGUUGAAUCAGUUCCAUGUAAAUGGUCGUCACGACAAUUUUUUUUUUUGUUUCGUCGAUAAUUCCAAGAUUAUAUGGCCUCAAUUUGUAAAUAAAUAGGCGUGCCAUUUGAUAGAAUUCAAUUUUUGAUGUCAUCAACCAGCAACCAAGAAAAUAUUUAAAAAAAACCAGUAUAUACUCUCUAUCUGUUCGACUCACAUGCAUGAAUGCAUCGCGUACAUACAAUAUAAUGAUUGUCAAUCGAUUCAUUCAACAAUGAGUCAUUAGCCAAUUCUAUCAUUAUUUCGUCUUGUUUUUUUUCAUAUCAUUCUUUAAGAUUCUAUUGAAAAUUUUAAAUUAUAAAUCUUUUAUUGUUUUUUUGAUGUUUUAAAAUCAACGAUGAGUUCAACAAAAUCAAAUGCCAAUCAAAUUGGAAUCCAAAUGGAUCGGAUAUGGAAACCAGUAUUCGAUCGAUUUGAUCGCCAUCAAACUGGCCAAAUACGUUUAGGUGAUUUUAAACGUAUUCUACAUGAAAGUAAUUAUCAUUUUAGUGAAGAUAUUUCUGUCGAUGUAUUGGAAUCAUUAUUACAGAAUGAAGAUGAUAAUCGAUUGAUUAAUUAUCAACAAUUUCUCAAUAUGAUCUACAAUUCACGAUUAGACACACAAAUUCAAUCACGGCUACAUCGAUUAGUUAGAUAUGCAGCAGUGGCUGUUGUACCUAAAUCACAACGACAAUCGGUCAUACGUAAUUAUUUGAAUGAAUAUAAUUGUAUGCCACCACCGAUAUUCGUAUUGACCAUCAGUAUCAUUGAAGUGGCCAUUUUUAUAUAUUAUUGUGUUAUUUUGGGUGAAUUUUCCACUUCUGGACCGGUACCAUGGAAAAGUGUACUAAUCUAUAAUCCUUGUCGACGUUAUGAAAUUUGGCGUUUUUUCACCUACAUGUUCAUUCAUGCUGGAUUUUAUCAUCUAUUCAGUAAUUUAUUAAUCCAAUUGGUGUUGGGUAUCCCGCUUGAAAUGGUACAUAAAUGGUGGCGUAUCGGUAUUGUUUACAUAACCGGUGUGAUUGCAGGAUCACUUGCCAGUUCACUUUCGGAUCCAAAUACAUUUUUAGCUGGUGCUAGCGGUGGUGUUUAUGCUUUAUUGGCAGCACAUCUAGCCAAUGUCGUUAUGAAUUGGGAUGAAAUGGAUUUCAAUUGGGCUCGUCUAUUGGCCAUCAUUGUUUUCGUUUCAACUGACAUAAGUGUUGCUGUAUAUGAUCGUUAUAAAACCAGUCAACGUAAUCGUGUCAGUUAUUCAGCACAUCUAGCCGGAGCAUUAGUCGGUUUAUUCGUUGGAUUCAAUGUUUUACGGAAUUUAAAAGCAAAACGUUGGGAAUUGGUUUUGGCUUGGUUUUCAUUAACAGUUUACAUCAUAUUCAUGACUGUUGCCAUUUUAUUCAAUAUUUUCUAUGAUGAUUAUUUCUACAAUCCAAAUGAUCCUGAAGUCUGUAAACAGGGUUACUAGAAAAACA